AAGAAAUGAGACUAUGUGGCAACAGCUUCGUUGUCAGGGCCGGAACAAGAAACGCUCAAUUCUCUUUCAUGUCAGCUAUCCUCUAGAACUGACCAAGAAUCAUGGGUAAACCACGAGGAUUGCGUACUGCUCGUAAGCACGUGAACCACCGUCGUGAGCAGAGAUGGCACGACAAGGAGUACAAAAAAGCCCAUCUUGGUACCAGGUGGAAGGCUAACCCUUUCGGAGGUGCAUCUCACGCCAAGGGAAUUGUGCUGGAGAAAGUUGGUGUUGAGGCUAAGCAGCCUAACUCUGCCAUCCGUAAGUGCGUUCGUGUCCAGCUCAUCAAGAACGGCAAAAAGAUCACAGCUUUCGUCCCCAACGAUGGUUGCUUGACUUUCAUUGAAGAGAACGACGAGGUUUUGGUUGCCGGUUUCGGUCGUAAAGGCCACGCCGUCGGUGAUAUUCCCGGUGUCCGCUUCAAGGUAGUUAAGGUUGCCAAUGUCUCGCUUUUGGCCUUGUACAAGGAGAAGAAGGAAAGACCCCGUUCUUAAAUCGCUGUGUAUUUUUCAUUUAAUACAUCAGUUGAAAGCGA